AUGAGCUCUGCAGAUGACGGCUCAUGCGCAAUAAAGAACGUUAAUACUGUCUAUAACUCGCUGGUCAAUUUCAUUUCAUCUGUGGAAAAGGGUACAAGCUCUGAUGUUGCACUAAGAUUACGUCAGGUGGAAAAUUCGAUUGAGCAACUUCGCGAGUCCAUAGAUUCCAUCAGUGAUAUUUCCAGUAACGAAGAGAUUCAACGUGAAAAAAUCCGAUCGCUAAAGAAGCAAAUCGCGGCAAAGGAUAGUCUUAUUGCGUCGUUCAAGAAUGGCACAGCAAGUCCCAUGUCAAAGCAGAAGAAAAAUAUAAAAGAGGUGGAAAAGGAAACUCUUUCUGAAUGGUGGUCCGUUAAAAAAGCAUACGAUUUCGAGAAUAUUGGUUUUACUCACGACGCCAGUGAUGGCAUAAAAUAUUUGGUUUGUGCCGAUUGCGAAGUCGGGCCAGUGGGAUUUCUUUGUCCUGAAACAAAUUGUCAUUUUAUUGCUUGUAAGAGAGUGAAAUCGAUGCAGGAUGGCUCUUGA